CUUCCGAUAUUAACGGAAAUUUCGCAAUCUCCUGACUGACAGACUAUGGACGCUCAUAGAAAAGAGUCCUGGGCAGCAGAACUCAGGGUAGGUGUAGGGAAACCGUUUCCACUUGGAGUUUCCAAGUAUGCACAAGGAGCCAACUUUGCUGUGUAUACUGAAGAAACCGAGGAGGUUGCUCUCAUUCUCUAUCCUCCCCACGAGCACAAACGCAGUGGAGAAGGAGAUAUCCGAAGGGCAGAACUGGUUCUGGAUACGAAAAUGAACAGAACUGGACAAGUUUGGCACAUACAUAUACACCCUUUACUGGAAGGGUAUGAAUACAUGUGGCGAAUUGGAGCUGAACCACACAGUCGUUUUGGAAAGAAUAUAUGUCUUGAUCCGUAUGCCAAAAUCAUUUCUUCAUCACUUGUCGACCAGUUUAAUGAUCGUUCAGUUGAGUACUCUCCGAGAGGAGUGAUACCUUCCAAGAAGAGCCUAUUAUUUGACUGGGAAGGUGUUUGUGCUCCACAUAUACCUCUGAAAGAUCUGAUUAUUUAUGAGCUCCAUGUUCGAGGGUUCACAAUGAACUGUGAUUCCGAAGUACAGUACAAAGGGACUUUCUUAGGGAUUGUGGAGAAGAUACCCUACUUAAAAGAGCUUGGAGUAAAUGCUGUUGAAUUAUUGCCUGUUUUUGAGUUCAACGAAAAAGAAUGGCCUAUGAAAGGCAGCGAACUUGGAAAGUCUAUCUGUCAGUAUUGGGGAUAUAGUACAGUGGGUUUUUUUGCUCCUAUGAAUCGAUACUGUGUUGGCAAUGUAUUGGGUGCAGCAGUCUUUGAGUUUAAAACUAUGGUCCGAGAGUUGCAUAGGGCAGGAAUCGAAGUUAUCUUAGAUGUUGUGUAUAACCAUACUGCGGAAUUUGGCGAAGGGUUCUAUCAUUUUAAAGGUCUAGCGGCAGGUACAUAUUAUAUAAUGAAUCAAGACGGGAAUUUUAUGGAUUAUACCGGAUGCGGAAUUACAUUCAAUGCCAAUCAUCCUAUUGUGGCACAAUUGAUUCAUGACUCCAUUCGUUAUUGGAGUCUUGAAUGUGGAGUUGAUGGUUUUCGUUUCGACCUUGCGUCUGCAUUAACAAGAGACACUCGAGGAAGCGAAUCGAAGGAACCAUUGCUUAUCCACACACUUUCUAUGGAUCCUGCUUUACGAGAUGUAAAGCUAAUUGCGGAGCCUUGGGACUGUGGAGGGUUAUAUCACGUUGGCUCGUUUCCUCAUUUUGGUGUGUGGGCUGAAUGGAAUGGGCGUUUUCGAGACAUUGUACGUUGCUUUAUCAAAGGAGACGCAGGAACUUUGGCAGAAUUUGCUACAAGGGUUUGUGGUUCCGAAGAUUUAUAUGGAGCAGGAAGAACACCUGCACAUUCUAUCAAUUUUGUGACUGCACACGAUGGUUUCUCUCUAAAUGACUUGGUGAGUUACAAUGAGAAACACAAUGAAGCAAAUGGAGAAGAUAACCGAGAUGGUGAGACUCAUAAUAAUUCUUGGAAUUGUGGUGAAGAAGGACCUACAGAGGAUGAAACCAUCAACCAGUUUCGUCAGAGACAAAUGAAAAACCUUCUAACCGUCUUACUAACUUCCAUUGGUGUGCCAAUGAUAGUGAUGGGUGAUGAGUAUGGACAUACCAAGAAUGGUAAUAAUAACACCUGGUGCCAAGAUGAUGAGAUCUCUUGGUUUAAUUGGACAAAAUGUAAAGAAGAAAAGGGUUCACUGCUAAGGUUCACAAGAAAAUUGAUCAAGUUUCGAAAAGAUCAUGAGGUGUUUAGACGAAAUUCGUUUAUGAAUAAGCAAGUUAUAACAUGGCAUGGAGUGGAACCUUACCGACCCAAUUGGAAGUCAUCAUACAAUUUUAUUGCAUAUACCUUACAUGAUGACACUGCAAAGGAGAACAUUUAUUUUGCAUUCAAUGCUGGAGCUGAAGAAAGAAAGAUAGCUGUUCCAAGCACUCAUAACAAAUGGUAUCUUAUUUUAGACACAACUUUAUCACCACCUCAGGAUUUUCCUGACGAAGAACUUGAAGUCGCAAGUGAUGGUAUAUAUGCUCUGAAAUCCUACGGUGUUUUGAUUUUGUAUUCGCCAUACCACGAUGAAGACUUCAUCGCUGAAAAUGAGGUAUUGGAAGAUAUACCAGAAGAGGAAGAAGAAGAAGAAGAAAAUGAAAUCAAACGAAACCUUGCAGCAUUAUGUGUGCCUGGCUUUGUUCACGAUAUAGAUGCGGAAAGUUUGGAGCCCUUGACGGAACCUUACAAGCUGAAAGAAUCUAGUUCUUCUAUCAACUUAAGGGCGGAGUACUUAACUACGAGAAAAAGUGGCCCAGCAAGUUUUACGGGCUAAAGAUAUACUGUAUUGAUCCCCAUAUCGUUUAUCACCCUUCAUAUCGUUUGUUAUAAUUAUGUUCUAGUGGUACACUGUAAACAUAUCCCUUGUCAGAA